AUGUCACAUGUCACCAGCCCCACCCCCCAUGUGACAGAAUGGACCAAUCAGAGAUGUCUCCACGCCGCCCGCGACAGUCUCGACCAAUCGCACGCGUCGCCUACAUCCAAUGACACUUGGGUGACAUUCGUGGAAAGUUCAACACCCCGGCGCCUGGUAGGAGAUCCACCCUUUUGUGAAGACUAUAAAGUUAAGAUUUUCUGGCCUUUGAUACCAGGAUAA